GUAGUACAUUUAUUAAUCAUGUGUGCUUUGAUGCGCGGACUAUAUUUUGGACCUGUCGUGUGCUACUGUUUAAAGUGCCCAUGCGCAUCAUUUAUAGUAGCAUAUAAAUGACUGGUUUCCUACGGCAUUUAUACUAAUUCAACUAUUAACCUUUUCAUUUUUCAUCAAAUGUUACCUGGAUUAUACAUGUGAAAGUUGUCAUCAUUUUUUACAACGCACAUAAUAUACUUUAUUAGAAAAAUAACAUCAUGGCGGGAAGAAAACUGCCGAAAGAAGCAGAUACGGCAUUUGACAAGUACACACAAAAUUUUGUUCGCCGUCUUCACAAGCCACAAGCUCUGACGAUGUUUGAAAAGGAAUACAAUCUCAGUGAAGAAGAAGCAAAACUAGUGUUCGACCUGUUUGACAAAGAUUACAACGGAGAACUCAGUUAUUGGGAGUAUAAACAGUUUUACUUUACAGUCGGUGUAGACAUUAAAGAUAUUCUUGCAACAUUCAAGGAAAUCGAAAAUGAUGGAACAGGUCAGGUUGACAUUGAAAAAUUAUGGGACAAAUUAAAAGCCAGAAAAACUCCUUCUGGGAGAAAUUUUGAAGAAACAGAACUUGAACAAUUAAUUAAGGCUUCAGCUGGAGAUGAAAAACAAAUAGACGUUAUCAAAUUUGUGAAUUUAAUUAUUAGGAUGAAGCAAUUCCGAGGAUAAGAUAUAAACAAUUGCCCUAAAGUGUUCGCAUUUUCAAUGAAUCGUGAGGAUUAAGUUAAAAUGAUAGAUCAAGUCCUAGCUAGGAGUUUUAGUAACACCGAAUUUUAAAGAUUUUACAUGUUUGCACAUACUACAAGUGUUAACCAAGAACUAAAUAUACAUGUAGCAAGGACAUAUAUGUUGAUGACGUUUAUAGCUAGUCCUUUUGUUUAUAUAGAAGUUUAUAAAAACGUGCAAAGAA